GCUCAGCCUCUCAGCCUCUCUGGCCCUUUGCAUUUUGGAAAUUGCUUUGGUCCUUGUUUGCUACCUUCUACUCAAUGGACCAGAAAAGGCAGAUCUUUACCGACGCAUUUACCCCACCUGACAGCCAACUGAUAUAGACGGGCCAAAAUAAUCGUUCCACAGGGACGCAGGAAUUCAACCUCCCUUCAGAAAAUCCCUGACAUCUGACGUAGGAGGAUUUAUAGGUUUAGUGGAAAUUGCUUUCUCCUGCUCCCCAGAUUACAUACUGUGGGUUGAUUUUUUUUUUUUUUUUGCAUGAGUAAACAGCCUUCUAAUAAUGAACGGACCAAUAAUGUCUUAAGAGAGAAAAAGACCAUCCUUUUCCUUUUCUGCGGUUUCUCGAGAGAACUUAUGUGGAUUUGCAAACCUAUGGUGGCUGCCCAGAAUAUGAAAUUUAGCAUCUUUCUUUUGUGGUGGGGAUGGGCUUUGGCUACUGAAGGCCGAAUGCACUGGCCAGGAAGAGAAGUGCACGAGAUGUCUCAGAAAAGCAGUAGACCUCAAAGACAGAGACGGGAAGCUCACGAAGAUACCCACAAGCAAGGCAGCCCAAUUCUGAAACGAAGUCCUGACAUCACCAAGUCGCCCCUGACAAAGUCAGAGCAGCUUCUGCGCAUCGAUGACCAUGAUUUCAGCAUGAGGCCUGGCUUUGGAGGCCCAGCUAUUCCUGUCGGCGUGGAUGUGCAGGUGGAGAGCUUGGACAGCAUCUCCGAGGUCGAUAUGGACUUUACGAUGACCCUCUACCUGAGGCACUACUGGAAGGACGAGAGGUUGUCCUUUCCAAGCACCAACAACCUCAGCAUGACAUUUGACGGGCGUCUGGUCAAGAAGAUCUGGGUCCCCGACAUGUUCUUCGUGCACUCCAAGCGCUCCUUCAUCCACGACACCACCACGGACAACGUGAUGCUGCGCGUCCAGCCCGACGGCAGAGUGCUGUACAGCCUCAGGGUUACGGUGACCGCCAUGUGCAACAUGGACUUCAGCCGAUUCCCUCUGGACACACAGACGUGCUCGCUUGAAAUCGAGAGCUAUGCCUACACGGAAGACGACCUCAUGCUGUACUGGAAGAAAGGCAACGACUCCUUAAAGACAGACGAGCGGAUCUCGCUGUCCCAGUUCCUCAUUCAGGAAUUCCACACCACCACGAAGCUGGCCUUCUACAGCAGCACAGGCUGGUACAACCGUCUGUACAUCAACUUCACCUUGCGGCGCCACAUCUUCUUCUUCUUGCUCCAAACCUAUUUCCCGGCCACCCUGAUGGUCAUGCUGUCCUGGGUAUCUUUCUGGAUUGACCGCAGAGCUGUGCCUGCCAGAGUUCCCUUGGGCAUCACGACGGUGCUGACCAUGUCCACCAUCAUCACGGGCGUGAAUGCCUCCAUGCCGCGCGUGUCCUACAUCAAGGCCGUGGACAUCUACCUCUGGGUCAGCUUCGUGUUUGUGUUCCUCUCGGUGCUGGAGUACGCGGCCGUCAACUACCUGACCACGGUGCAGGAGCGGAAGGAGCGGAAGCUACGGGAGAAGCUCCCUUGCACCUGUGGGCUCCCUCAGCCCCGGGCUGUGAUGCUGGAUGGCAGCUACAGCGAUGUUGAAGUGAACGACCUGAGCAGCUUCGUGCCAGACAAUGGAGAGAAGCCGGACAGGAUGAUGGUGCAGCUGACCCUGGCCUCAGAGAGGAGCUCUCCGCAGAGGAAAAGCCAGAGAAGCAGCUACGUGAGCAUGAGGAUCGACACCCACGCCAUUGAUAAAUACUCCAGGAUCAUUUUCCCGGCUGCAUACAUUCUAUUCAAUUUAAUAUACUGGUCUAUUUUCUCAUAGAUGCCUGUGAUUCUGUACGUUUCCUGUUCUCCAUGGUAUGCACUACGAAACACUUGUGUUAUGAAAAAGAAUUGCAGGCUAUGGUAAACAAGUUCUCAGUAACACCCAUCAUUUCACUGUCCCUUCUCCAGCUUUCCAAAGCUAUGCUGAUAAGACACUUACUGGUUUAAUUUGUACUUAUUAGGCAUCUACUGUAUACACCUAAUUCUACUAGGUGCUGCAGGAAUAUGAGACUGUAGCAGUCAUGUUAGUUGUUACCCAGAUCCACUGGAAAACCACACUACCGGUGUUGAGGACACUGUAGUCCAACCUCUUGUAGACCCUCGCUGCUUGUCCAUAUGAACAAUUCCUUGACGGGAGUGCAUGUCUUUCGGACUAGGUGGGAUUGGGGGAGCACUUGAAGUUCAUGUCUAUGGAACCCACAUGCACCUUAAUCCCCUCUGACAGAAACUCAUGCUCCAGUUCAUAGCCUCUUACCUAUUUUUUUUAUGCAACCCCUGGUGUUGAACAAAAGGCAGUAAUAAUACUCACAUUAUUUUUACUUACGUUAAUGCAGUUCACAAGGUUUCCACCUCUUCUCAAGGAAAACUCUAGAUUGGUGCGAUUGCUCCUGACUUUGGUGGAAAUUUCUCUUGUAGAGAAACUGAAGACGAGGGUACAUGAAUGCAUUUCGUUGGUUCUGUCAUAGAGACACUAGGCUAGAAAACUUGUGCUUCGGUGUCCCCUGUUUGGUAAUCACCGCUUCAUGAGCCUCUAGGUGUCCUCACUCAAAGUCAAGUCCUUUCUUAGCAAUGUGAUUUCCCCCCGAAGGAAAUUGGGAAGAGACUAAUUUCUCUUGUAGGAACAUUUUUUUAAUGCAUAACUUAUUAAAAUGAGAAAUUCAUGGUUUCUCAAGAGAGAAAGAACACCAAAAAGCAAACGAACCAAGAAGGCAUCCCUGGAUGGCUGCUUUUGUACUCAGUGAAUACCAGUGUUUUCUUUGAAUCAGGAGAUGGCUGUCAUAUAGAGCCGGGCUGAAGGAUGGGCACUGGAGCUGAUGUCAGGUCAUGGGGUAAAGGAGAGGCUUCUGAUUUGGUGUAUCAUUUACAAACAGUUAUUUAUAUCAUAUACACUUUAUAGGUCAACCCCCACCAAACUUACCCAAACAGCACUGUCUGAUUUUCAACUCACUUUAAUAAAGUGAAUGC